GUAGGUAGGUACCUAGGUAUACAGUACCUCCAGUACAAAGAGGCCCCUGGACCAAGCGACGAUUGCGUACUUUGGAGUGCAUUGACAUCGCGAAAUUACGCCUCUUUCCCAACGAACGAAGCUCCCGACGCUCUCGCCGAGCACCGAAGACACAGACAGGGUAGUCGAAACACAGCGCCUUUUUUCCUUUUUUUUCCCCCUUCCAAGAUGCCUUCGGAGCGCGACUACCAGAUCGCACCAAUUGUGCAGGAGUCGGUGAUGCACAACACCAAGAUCGUCUCCAACGUACAAACCUUGACCGCAUCCUUGUUCGGAGUCGCCGCCGGAAUCCUUGGGCUCGAAUCGUACUCCGGAUUCCUGUUCUACAUCCUCUUCAGCUUUCUCACGACCGCGAUAUUCUACGUCUUCCGCGUCGCCCCCACUUCACUCUCCGCCGGCAAGGGCUUCCUCGAUUCCAGUCGAUACUUCAGGGGCCCUUUUGACCUUUGGACGGGUGGUUUGUUUGGCGGGCUGGCGGGUUUCAUUUUGACGUGGACGCUAUUCUACGGCCUUGUGAGGGCAUGAGAGAGUAAAAAGCUGCUUGCUUCAGUAUUUGCAUUGCUUGGGAGUCAAGGCGUUUGGGCGGAACGGAGUAUCGACUUCAAAUCUGGGGGUUUUUUCUUUCCUUUCUUGAAUCAGUCCUGUUACACAAUCUGGGUUUUUACAGAUGGGGAGGAGAAACUUGGAGUAAAAGCAAACACGUGUUUUAACGAAAACGAAAAGUCUACGGAAUUCUCUACUACCGGCCACGUACGUUGUCCAACUGCCAACUCGAUUCAUGCCCCAUCCUCCCGCUCGUCUCUUCCGCGCUGGUUCUCAACAUGAUUAUAGCUGCUACGCAGCCAUGAACCAAAAUCGUCCCAUCUUGCCAGAUGCUAGUCCACCACUUCCACUACGGUACCUACAAACCCCUCCAGGCCAGAGCUUUCAGGCCGACUUCCCUCUAGAAUCACAAUGCGUGAGCCAAGCUCUAUCCACUCCCUGUUGUUCAGCAAUUCGAGACGAAUCUCUACGUUUUUGUGGACCAAAGACUGGUCACCUUGCGUCUCCAUGUCAUCAUGCCCAUUGUUGAAACCAAAUACAUCAUCAUCAUCGUCCUCACGAGGAGAUGCACCGCCAUAGGGGCCUAUGCUUCCAGAGCUUUCAAACACCCUCAAAACUCUUGCUGUGGCCCGGACGCUGGCGACAUAGAUGUUUACUAGGUUACCGGCAGAAAGAGUGGCUGCUUCUGGACCAGGAAAGACUGCAGUGAGACCGCUGGCGGCCUGCAACGAGAUGUCUCCGUCGAGCAUGUGCUUGCUCGGGAUGGCCAGAACCAUCCCUUUCCUGAUCUUGGGAGCAACCGGAGGCACUGUUUCAAAUAAGCUGUCCUCCAUCCGGGGUUCCUUCUGCGGAUCGAUGACAAGCCCGACAGUGCCAGCUUGUCCUGCUUCAAGCUUGAGGACAGGAAGGCGUAAGUUGCGCAGACUGACGACACGGGCGGUAUGCCACUCCCCCUUGAUUGUGGACGCCGAAACGGGAGUGCGCGUCGCGAAGCGGUUCAGUUCCGCCGCCGAAGGAUGUGUCAAGGACACCCCAUAGCUGGCAGGGGAAUGUCGGCCCUCCGGUGGGGCAUAGCCUUUGUUGUCAUCCUCAUCCGAUGGGAAUGGGCCAAGCACGACCUGAUCUCCAACAGAUAUGGUUCCAAACCGAAGAUAACCUGCGACAACGGUUCCAAGGUCCGCUUGGUCGUUGGCGCUUCCGCCCAAAGAUGCGUGAGAUGCCGGUAGGCUGAACUCGACCUCUAUGUGGAAGAGACUCGCGGGUUGUUCCGGGUUCAAAGCCGGCCCGGUCAAGUCCUGGGAAGUAGGCACAGCAGGUAACGGCAACGUCUUCAAGAGCGCAUGGACUAGCCCGAUGCCAGCGCCGUUCACCGCGCUAGUCAACACGAUAGGGACGGUACUAAGCAAGUCACCACUGGCAUACAUUUCCCCCAUGGCUUUCUUCACGCUAUCCAAGUCUUCAUCAGAUAUUUGAGCAGCGUCAAGGUUGCUCGACCGCCCUGGGUGAAGGAGCCGAGGCGUCCUAUUGGCCUGUUUGAUACUAGUGAGAACUUUGCUCAAUAUCUUUUGUAGACCGGGUUUGGUGCCUUUAUCAACUUUGGUGAUGACGAUGGCUAGAGGCAGCUCAAGCUUGAGACAGAGCUCGAGAUGCGCUUUGGCCAAAUCGAUUCCACUCGUUGAGUACUCGGUUCCAUCUUGCGUAGGCGUAUUGAGGCCAGUGACGACAGAUAUACCCUCAUCAUCGUCUGCGGCCAAGCAAAGUAGAGUCCAGUGAGGUGCCCAGCCCACGAUCCCGCGAAGGAUUGUCCGUCGGUACCGUGGGUGGCCAGCGGAAUCAGACACAAACACCAGGCGCCCGUCUCCGGUGAAGUCGUGAAUCCCAAUCCAGGACUCGAUAUUCCCAUUAUCAUAAUUGAUGACCUCAUUGUCUCUGUAGCCAAUAAGCUCUUGGGCCACUGAGCUGGUGACACCUGAUGCAAGUUCGUGUCGGUGCCGCAACAAGCUGAGUCUACUUUUUCCAUGGCCGUUGUCCAGUGUACCGGUGGACAACGUGCCAAGCAAGGUCGACUUACCGGAGGUUGUUGGCCCGGUUAGCGUCACUCUCAGCUGUUCGGUAGCGGAUGGGCCAUCGCUCGGUGUCGGAUCCGAUUUGGCCGCAUCCUGAUGAGCAGAACCGUUGGAGUGGCCAUUGCACUCGAUGCGUUCGGUAGAUCCUUUGUUUGGAGUCACGAGAGCCUCGGCGACCCAUAGGUCCUCUCGAUGGGCGGCUUUAGAUGGUGAAUCAUCCACCCACUCACACUCACCAACAACAACACGCCUCAGAAUCUCAACCACGCAUCCUAAGCUGGCCGCCAUAAUCCGUAAGUUGGCGAAACUUUCAUCCAACUCAUCCUUGGUGAGGCCGACGAGGGUACCAUCGUCAGCCACGCCAAUCUCAUAGAGGGCACCCCUGGACUCUUCAAGACCCGGAAGGGGUUUCCCAGGCUUGAUCGACACAGUUGAAGAAGUAAAAUCGUCUGCAAGCUGUGGGAUCACCACCUCCUGGCUGGUCGAAGCAUGAUAAGGCGAAGACUGACGCAACCUCCAGAAAAGCUGGGUAGUAAGUUGCAGCAGACGUGCCUGGCGCGUCUGAGCAGAUGUAGAAACACUGGCAGCACGAUGUCUGAGCGCCUUUGGCUCGGCAGGAGUUGGACGAGGCAGUUGGGAACCGGCAACACGGUUGGUAGUACUCAUGUACCGGAACUUGCGCCUCUGCCGAAGGAGUAGAUGCAGUUUAUACUCUGUCGGCCCUUCCUGAGGUUCAGCUUCCAGCUUGGUAACUCCAUAAUCCGAGAGGAGCCCUGAUGCGGUGGGGCCGGCGGGGACCGGCGAAGACUCGCGCGAUUUCCCCGGAUCUGCGGACUGGAGCCAAGGAGACGAAACCCGUGGGGGGUCAGGGUCGUACGUGAAGACUGACAUGUUCGAGACUGAACAAUGAUGCGGUGUCUUGAGUUCAAGAUCCGCAGUGACCGGCGUUGACGUCUUGUUGACAGCUCCUUGCUAUCUCUCUCUCUCUCUCUCAAACGAGACAACAAACUGGCGGGGGAAGUGCUAGCUACUAUGGAUGAUAGAUAAUUCGAGAUCGCUCAGUGUUGAUGCCGCGAUAAUGUUAUUGCAUCGCCUAAAGACAUAAAAAGGUGCUGGGAUAUAUGUAAUCUAGGGAUCAUCGUGAUUCCCAAGCGAAAAGAGUAUAUAACCUGCUCAAGGGCAGAUAACAAGAUAAAGACCUGCUUGAGUUUUAGGUCGAGUUUGUGUGCCAAAAUUGUUUUCUCUAAUGAUGAGGAAGGUACUGUCACAAAGGUAACAGUUUUACAAGGUGACCUUAACAAUCAAUGUUGA